AUCACGCAGCUUGUGCUUUAAAAGGAACAACGCCUCUGUUACCGAUAGUUGCAAAGUAUUUUCGAUGUUGUCUCACAGUGCUCCAAAGAUGUUCUUCCGGCUUCUACUCUUCACCAUAUCAAUUAUGACAGCUGAAUUAUCUGAGAUAAAAUGCAUUGACGGCGACUACAAACUAUAUCCAUACGACUGUGCAAAGUUCAUGCAGUGUGACCACGGCGGAUGGGUAGUGAGAGAUUGUGCUCCAGGAACCCACUGGAACCCUGCAAUUGAAAAAUGUGACUGGCCUUACAAAGUGGACUGUAAAGCGGUUUCGGCUGAUAUAUCAGAAACAAAAUGCAUGGACGGCCAAUACGAACCUUAUCCAUUCGACUGUGCCAAAUUCAAGCAGUGCGACCAUGGGAGAUGGUUAGUGAGAGAUUGUGGUCCAGGAACCCACUGGAAUCAAGCCAUUAAAACCUGUGACUGGCCCUAUAACGUUGACUGUACAGCGGUUUCGGCUGAUAUAUCAGAAACAAAAUGCAUGGACGGCCAAUACGAACCUUAUCCAUUCGACUGUGCCAAAUUCAAGCAGUGCGACCAUGGGAGAUGGUUAGUGAGAGAUUGUGGUCCAGGAACCCACUGGAAUCAAGCCAUUAAAACCUGUGACUGGCCCUAUAACGUUGACUGUACACCUUUGAAAACCGAAGCCCCCUACACCACUGUUCGACCAUAUCCAUGCAUUGAUAUACGCUAGUAGUCUACUAUCUAAACUUACAAUACACGGUAUUAUUUUUUAAACGUUAUAGACAAUGGUUCAGGUAAAAUAAUAACAGAUUUAUACUCAAAAGCAUAAAUAUUAUAAUAUAGAUUGCAAAUAAUAACGACAAUAUUUCGAAAAAAGAUUAUACUUAUGUGUAUAGAAUGACAUUUACAUAUAUUUCGAAACAAAAUAUUAAGUUCAAACACAAAUUAUACAAAUUCAUGCUAAAAAUUUGUAGGAUGAGAAUUAUGAAAACAACAUUGACAAUAACAAAACUUAAAAAGAAAUAUAAUUGAUUUAUUUCCUUUGUUCGGAAUAUCUAUAAUUAGUACAUUAUCAUUUUCCAAACAAACUAAAGAAUAAACAACUUAAAUUAUGGCGUCUAAGCAAUCGUUUAUACUAUGUAUUUUGUUGUGUAAUCAAACUAUUUUUGUGUGUACGGGAAGAACGUAUAAAUACAAUAAAAUUAAUAAUCAAGUA